GGAAUUUCGAGAGUCAAACAGUUAUCAUAUUGACGGAAUUAUUAUUUUGAAAGAUUUCGAAAUGCAAUCAACACCAAAUAGACUCUCUAAAUACCGAUGCAACACGACUAAAGCGUGUGAUACUUGUAGACGUAAAAAAAUUAAAUGCAAUAAUGUAGCACAAUCUACCAAAUGCACUGUAUGCAUAAAACAUAAUUAUGAAUGCGUUUAUUCUACUAAACCACAAAAACGUGGUCCAAAAAAGAAAGACCCGACAAAUAGCAAAGAUGACGAGUUAUUUCGUGGGUUAUCUCCGGAGGAAAUAAAGAUUGUUUCCAACUUGUGGAAACCGGAAGAAUUACCCCUUAUGGUAGAUGUUCUUACCUCUAGCUCAUCAUCGCCAUGUCCAAAUGAAAAUAUUCCGG